CUCGAUGAAAGACCUCCACCUGCAUACCUAACAGAAGAAAGCUUGGACAUUUUCUGGAAUCAUAUCCUCACUGAUAUCAACUAUUGGAGUACACGUGCAAUGAAAAUCCUGGCACAGACUGAAAAAAUCAAAAUGGACAGAAAGCUGUUAAAACCUCAGGUAGAAAGACGUAGAAGAGAAAGGAUGAACCGGAGUCUAGAAAACCUGAAACUUCUGCUCCUGCAAGGCCCAGAACACAACCAACCUAAUCAGAGACGAUUAGAGAAAGCAGAGAUCCUGGAAUACACAGUUCUGUUCCUGCAAAAGGCGAAUAAAGCGAGUAAAGAAGAGGAGGGAGAAGAAAAAAGCCAGUUUAUGGAAGGCUUUUCUUCCUGUCUUCAAAAAGCAGCCCGCUUUCUCUUGGAGGAAGGUGGACUGGAAGGCUCGGUCACAUCCAUGCUGUGUCAACGUCUUGCUCACCCCACCAUCAGACUGCCUGUCAGAGGUCACUCCAGAAAGCAGCACGCAGAAUCCAACCCACAGCAUCAUGCGCGUCGUCCACACCACAAAAACACUGUCUCCAAAGCAGGACAUCCAUCAGCUUGCAGGAACACCAAAGAACCACAAGCGAGCAGAGCUGCAUUCAGAAGCACAGACUCCAACACAAAGCAUUCGACAGCUCAACCAACCUCCCGCCACCCAGAACCAGCCAGCCAGACUGUCUGGAGACCUUGGCCUUAACUGAGAGAAAAGACAUUCAUUGAGAAAUGGACUCAAAAUGAUGGGCCUUGUGUAAUCUCUUCUGAAUUAUAUGCAUAACAGAUUUUCUUCUAUUGCUUUUAUCAUCUGACAUGACGUUGGAAGUGUAAAUAGUGUAUGAUAAAUAUUGCAAUAUAUUUUUUACGCAGAUUUCUUCUCCCCCUUUUUUUUUUCUUCUCCUUGCAUGAUCUGUACUGGAUGUAUGAUGAUCAUUUGUAAUACAUGACUGACGUAUUUAUCUGUUUUGCACAUUUAAUUUAUUAAUGACAUUCCCUUUCAUGUUCAGAUUUAUACGUUGUGUGUUUUGAUCAGUACAUUCCACCAUUAAAAGUGAAAUAUUCACCAUU